AUGCUUUCUGCAAUCACUAUUACUAACUCUAACCUUUCUGUCCCUUUUGUUUGUUACUUUGACCAUCACAAUAAUGACAAUAAUAAUAAUAAUAAUAACAGUACUACUACUCCUGCUACUACUACUACUAAUAAUAUUAUCAAAACUACUUCUAUUACGAAAACUCUUAUUUUACAGAGAUCAGAUAAUAUAUUGUUUGGGGUUUGGAAAUUACUAGACUCAUUUUUCAUAAUGAUUAUUGAACAGUUAUUUUAUUGUCUACUUGUCUUAAUGGCUUUCAGUAGUAUCAUCAAUGCUAUACCUGUGCAUGAACUAAAUUAUGUGAACCAUAAAUCAAAUGAUCACAUGAUUGGAAAGCAAUACGAUGAACGAUAUCCUACAGAUGGUAACACAAGAUUUGUAGAAUCAGAUUAUUCAAACUUUUAUCCAAUGGCAUUUAAGCGUACUCUCUUUAAUCCUAUUUUAAUGAAACGUAAUUUCGAUCCAAUUGUAUUUAAACGUUCAUACUUUGAUCCAAUUAUUUAUAAACGAUCAUACUUUGAUCCAAUUAUUUAUAAACGAUCAUAUUUUGAUCCUAUAUUAUUUAAACGUAAUGAGAAUCGUCAAUUGGAAAAACGUGAAUAUUUUGAUCCGAUAAUUUAUUAA